AUGUUCUCCAACCCCUACAACCAUUUCUCGCCCCAGGACGAUUUCGCCGCUCCCCCCACCGCCCUCGACAACUACUCGGCCCAGCCUCGCUUCCAUCCCGGGUCCCUGCCCGCCUACCACAAUGCUCAGCAAGACUCGGCCCCCUCGUCUGCCGUCGAGUCGCUCCCGGGAGACGAGGGCAUCCUGCCAUGGGGUCCUCCCUUCCAACCGGCGGCGCCCGCAGCUCACACCAAGCCCAAGCGGCAGCACGCCGACGACUCGUCCGGCACCUCGGCUCAGGUCCGCAGGAGGAGGGUCAGUCGCGCAUGCGAUCAGUGCAACCAACUGCGCACCAAGUGCGACGGGCAGCAUCCUUGUGCCCACUGCAUCGACAUCAACCUCGCCUGUGAGUACAUGCGUGAAAAGAAGAAGCGAGGCAAGGCGUCGCGCAAAGAUCUCGCCCAGCGGUCCGCAGCCGCCGCCGCCGCCGCCGUGCACAACCGUCGCCAGAGUCCCCCGAAGACCCAAACGCCGAGUGAGCCAUCCGAUGUCUCCAAAGGCGGCAGCCGGGCGAGCAGCUUGCCGAGCGACUCUGGCGACAACGGCAGCGACUAUCCGCCCCAUGCACAUGUCGAGUCCCACUUUGGCCAGCCCCCUGACCUCGAUGUCAUGUCCCACCAUCCGCGGCCCGCCCAUCUCGACGCCACGACAGUCGCCGGCUAUUCGAGGUUUCCGCCCGACUUUGAGGGGCAUGGCCUUCAGGUCGACGUGGCGUCGGCUGAAAUGAGUCGCAUGGCCGACAAGUCCAACGACUAUGCCAACUGUCCCGGCCCCGAGAUAUCGCUUGGCCUGGCACUGUCAGGUCGGGCGGGCUUCGACGACGGCUCCGGCAUCGUCAUCGAGGGCGCCGCUAUUGGCGGCUAUCCCAUGGCCACGCCGUCGUAUUCCAAGGCAGCUUGUCCGCAGCUCCGCUACCCGGUCCUCGAGCCCCUUGUUCCCUAUCUGGACAACGCGACACUGCCCCUGGCUAUGGCCUGCGACUUGCUUGACCUCUACUUCUCCUCGUCUUCGUCUGUCCUGCUGCACCCCGUGUCGCCCUACGUGCUGGGAUUCGUCUUUCGGAAACGGUCAUUUCUGCAUCCGACCAACCCGAGAAAAUGCCAGCCCGCGCUCCUCGCCAGUAUCCUGUGGGUGGCUGCCCAGACGAGCGACGCUGCCAUGCUGACGAGCUCGCCGCCGGCCCGCGCCAUGGUCUGCCAGAGGCUGCUGGACCUCACCCUUCGCCUGCUCAAGCCCCUUGUUCACGUCCCGACAGACGCCGCUUGCUCGUCGGCAGACGCCGCCCUUGCCUCCCUGUCUCUCGGCAGCCUAGGCGCAGCGAUGCCUGGCCCGGUUGGCAUGGACACCCUGACCGUCGAGAGUGGUCCUUUGGGAGGCGCCGGCCAUGUCGAUGACGUUGUCACGUACAUACACCUCGCCACCGUCGCCUCGGCCGGCGAGUACAAGGGAGCCAGCCUGCGUUGGUGGAACGCAGCCUGGUCCCUUGCUCGGGAGCUGAAGCUCGGCCGGGAGCUUGCGCCCAGCCAGCCCGGCCGGAGCCACGAUGGGAGCACGCUCGACGGCCCCAAUGGCCAUCACCGGUGCGGAAGCUCACCCAGCGAGGAAGAGAGGGAAGAGCGGAGGAGGAUCUGGUGGCUGUUGUACAUUGUCGACCGUCAUGUGGCCCUUUGCUACAACCGCCCUUUGUCUCUUCUCGACGUCGAAUGUGAAGGACUCUUGCGGCCGAUGGACGACGCCGCAUGGCAGAGGGGCGAGACCCCGGCCGCCAUGGGGAGUCCGGCUCGGUUUGAGUGCCGCGGGCACGACAUCUUUGGCUACUUUCUCCCGCCCAUGACGAUACUAGGCGAGAUUGUCGACUUGCACCACGCCCGAAACCAUCCCAGGUUCGGCCUCGGUCUGCGAGCAGCCCACGACUGGGACGAGCAGGCCGUGGAGAUUCGGCGCCACAUCGACAUGUACGAGCAGAGCCUGGCGAGAUUCGAGGAGAGCCACUUGAUGACGAGGCCGGCAGAUGGCGUCGUGGGAGAGCACGGCAGCGAGCGGCUGACGGAGAGCGAGGUCCAGACGCGCAUCGUGGUGGCGUACGGGACGCAGAUUAUGCACGUGCUGCACAUCCUGUUGGCCGGCAAGUGGGAUCCCAUCGGCCUCCUCGACGACCACGACUUGUGGAUCUCGUCGCAGUCCUUCUUCAAGGCCACGAGGCACGCCGUCUCGGCUGCCGACGCCAUCGGGCGGAUCCUCGAGUACGACCCGGGGCUGGAGUUUAUGCCCUUUUUCUUCGGCAUCUACCUCUUGCAGGGGUCCUUUCUGCUGCUCCUGAUGGCCGACAAGCUCCGGGCCGAGGCGUCGCCAAACGUCGUCCGGGCCUGCGAAACCAUUGUGCGGGCGCACGAGGCGUGCGUCGUCACGCUCAGCACCGAGUACCAGCGCAACUUCAACAAGGUGAUGCGUAGCGCCCUGGCCGUUGUCCGCGGCCGCGUUCCCGAGGACGGCGGGGAGCAGCGGCAGCGGUGGAGGGAGCUUCUCGGGCUGUACCGAUGGACGGGGGACGGGACGGGCCUCGCGCUCUGA